ACUUGACCAGCUGAGAGGGAAAGGGACGAAGCCAUUCUGUUCUCCACUAGCUUCUUCUCUUUGAGGAAAAAUGCCUCUCUUUAUAAACCGGGAUCAAAUAUUUGCGCAUCAGGUGCACCUGCUGGAGCACAAACUGAGGAGUAAAGAGGAGCGAAUACUGGAACUGGAGACAGAGAAUGCUAUUCUUCAUUUAAGACUUGCCGAGUGUCUGGGGAAACUCCGUCGGGACCAUGAAGAGGAGACCAAGGCCCUGAACCUUCGUCAGCACCAGAGGAAUGCACAGAAGAUAACCCACUCAGCCCUCGUCAAACUCCUUUCUGAGGUCCAGGCUGUGAAGCAGGACUUGAGUGAAGUUUUUGCAGUGUAUUUGAGUUUUGCCACUGAGCUGGAGGAGCAGAGCAAGCAGCUACUGGAAAAAGUGGAGCAAGCCAGCUGUUCUCUAAAUGGUCACCAUGGAGACGAGGUUCAGAACUUGCAAGCUCGUGUUGCAGCUCUGGAGCGCUCUCUGGAGGAGGAGAGGGAGCGGUGCAGGGCAGAGAGGCAGAGGAGGAAAGAACUCCAUAACACAGUGGUGGAGUUGAGAGGGAACAUCAGGGUUCACUGCAGGUUGCGACCAGUUCUACCCUUUGACCACAUCCAGUCCUCCACCUCUGGAUCACGAUCUAUGCUUUUCUCUGUCAGACCUGCGUCAUCAGAAGAAGUGGUCUCUGCAAUCAGUGACGACACGGUGAUGGUGAAUUGCAUAAAAACAGGCGUGCCAGUGCACAACAAGAUAUUUGAGUUUGAGAGAGUGCAUGGACCAGAGGAUUCCCAGGAUGCCGUGUUUGAGGAAGUCAAGCCGCUCCUCACAUCUCUGCUGGACGGCUACAAUGUGUGUAUCAUGGCGUACGGGCAGACAGGCAGUGGGAAGACUCACACCAUGAUGGGAUCCCAGCCGCUGGAGGAGCACUCAGGGACGCAGCGGGAGACGCAGCAGGGUAUUAUCCCCAAGGCUGCUGCUGAGCUCUUUCGGCUGAUCUCUGAGAAGCCUGCAGAGAGCCACACGGUGGAGGUGUCAGUGAUGGAGGUGUACAACAACGAGGUGUUUGACCUUCUGGCCAGAGAUGAGGGGGGCAACGCCGCCAGCCAGCGCCGGGACGUCAUCACCACCUCCUCUGGUACCAGUCAGGUCACCUCCCUCACAUACGAGCCUGUGUGUAACGCCUCUGAGGUGAUGCAGAUCAUCGGCAGCGUUUUGAAGCUCAGGGCUCACUGUCCCACCCUCGUCCACACUGACUCUUCACGCUCUCACCUCAUUGUCACCCUCACCAUUUCCUCCAAGAGCCCCAACGCACUGGCCCUGGCCCGCAGGCUACAGAGUGCCAAGAAAGACAUGCAGCACUCCACCCAGAAGGAGUGGUGGAGUCCACGCUGUCGCCGUGCCAACCCUGCCACCACCAACUCAUCUGAUGAGCUCUUUGCAAGUCCUGCCUCUUCUCCCUGCCCCUCCCCUUCUCAUUCCCCAUGUCCCUCCCCCAGGCCCAGCAUCUCACAGGCUCCGUUCAGGACCAAGCUGCAGCUGGUGGACCUGGCGGGGAGCGAGUGUGUCGGUAUGUCUGGAGUUUCGGGUGCAGCUCUGUGGGAGGUGUCCUGUAUAAACCGCAGUCUCUCUGCUCUGUCGGAUGUCCUGGGAGCUCUGGCCGAGCAGAGACCACACGUCCCCUACAGGAACAGCAAACUCACCCAUCUGCUACAGGAUGCCAUAGGUGGCGACGCCAAGCUGCUGGUGAUGCUGUGUGUCUCUCCCACGCAGCGCUUCAUCACCGAGUCUCUGCAGUCUCUGGGCUUAGGCACGCGGGCCCGUCAGGUCCAGAAGGAGCUACCCCGAAGGAAGAAUAACACCCUCAAAGUUAAGUGACGAGACACAAAGAGAUUUCAUUCAACAGAACUGAGGAGGUUAGAAGAUCCAUACCUGCAAACGUGUUAUUUUAGAUUGAGUAUGUGGGCCGAUUUAAAAGACUGACAAUUUAAAGUACACAGCCUUAAACAGUAUGACAAUAUCUUACUGCAGUUAAUAGACAUCUAAUUUGAUCAAUGGGUUACUAGGUGCUGCAUGCUCAUUUGUUUUAGCAACUCCUAAACCUUAAAAGAAUAACUACAGUAAUAGUGUGAUAUCCCAUUUCUUACUCUUAGUAGUUACUUUAACUAAGAAGUAGAUUGGUUUUGCCAGCAUAGUUUUAUAUAUUUUUGUUUUUAGAUCUUGGUAGCAUUAAAUGUCUUAUAGGGCUCUUUGAAGAAUAUUUGUAUUAUGAAUGAAUGUAAAACACAAUAUUAGUGUGUAAAUAACCCUGGCAAUAAGUAGUUACGAUUGACUAUGAAAUUACACAAAUGUUGGGUAAUGAAUUACAAUAAAAUUACUGUAUUUAGCAGCUUAUUUCCACUUUCAUUAACUGUAGAUCAUGCUAAUAGUCAAUAGUCCUGUAUAUGCAAAGGCUUUCUGACUGAAGUAGUCUUGCAUGUAUUCUGCUGUAAAUACAUUUCAGUACUUGCUGCUCAUGCCAUGCCUUCUCUUUUUUUUAGUGCUUUGGGUGCAGCUAUGUUUAUACAGUAUUUAUACACAUUUUGAUGUAUUCUGCAUCUGUAAUCAUCACCUUUGGUUUGGUUACGCAUUACAAAUCUUUGAAACGCCUUGAUAGAAUAGUCUCAGUAGAAAAUGGUGUAUUACUUAUAAUAGUGUAUAUAAUAAACUGAUAUGCAGAUAUGUAUGUCUUGUAUGUACUGGAAACUUACUGUCAUUAGGUAAUUAAAAACAGUGUUUGAAUACAUA